CUGUGUUCUUUCGUAGGAAAAAUGGCUUGUCUUACACCUGGGACGCUACAAAAGCUGUUGCAAAAUGUGGGUAAUAAAGACUUCAAGGUGGCCGGCGAACACCGCUCUGCUGUUAUCGGCAUUGUGCCCUCACUAGAAGACGAUCCAUGGAAAAGCAGAGGAUACUUUCUCAGGGUUUCAGAUUCACUGCACUCCGCUUAUGUCACAGUACCCAACGAAAACAUAGAACUUAUACUAAACGACAAAAUUCAACUCGGACAGCUCAUCCACGUGGCCAGGCUGGACCCCUCUUCCCCAGUUCCUCUCCUCAACGGCCUCAAACCAAUCCCCAAUCGACGGCCAUGUGCCGGGAACCCAACAGACUUAAUCUCCAGCGACUUUUUGACUGCUAAAAAAACAGAGUUGAAAUCGAAAUCGAAAUCUAGAGGAAAGUCGAAAAAAGUAGUGGAAUAUGUAGAUGAGGGUUUAAGGAGGCUUUCUUUGGGGAAUGGGCAAGCUGGAGUCGCCCAAAGCCGAAGGUUGAGCUUUGACUCCUCCCGAAAAGGAUGGGAUGUCAGCCCUCAGUCGGAAAAAGGCCGUCGAGCAGUUAAAAAGGAUAAAUCGAGAGAUCAAUACUCAAACUUGGAAUCUGUAGAUUCACAGAGCCUUGUGAGCAUGACAUCACCUCUGAAGAAGAAAGAUGUCAUCGUCUCACCAAAGCAUGUGCCGAAGCCUACAGUGAGAAUCUCCAAACCUUGUGAGAAUGUUAUUUUCCCUAAUGAUUGUGAUUAUAAUAAGGUAACAAUCAGUCCCGAUAACUGGUCAGACUCAAUCGUGUUGUGCGAUUCACUUCCUUCUGCUGUCUGUCACCUUGGAAAGGAGACAAGAACCUUUAGGAAUGCUGCAUUUGCAUCUGCUGUUCAUGCAUUAGAAGAAGCUUCUAUAUACGACAGCGUCCUUCAGUGUAUGAGUAUGUUUGCAGAACUAUGCGAGUCAUCUUUGAACAACUCCACCUGCCCAUUACUCGAACAAUUCUUGAACCUUCACGAGAGGAUGACCAAGGCUGCAAAAGUCAUUAGUUUCAUGCGAAACAUAAAAACUUCCAAUUCAGACGAAAAUAAUGACUUUAGUUCUUCUCAACUCUCUGUGCCUGACAAAGAUUGCCUCACUCCUUUCCAGAAAGCAUCAUUAUGGGUUCAGGCAGCUCUGCAAACCGAUCUUUCAAAAUUCUCCCUUUAUACUAAAGCUCCUGGAGAAAAGCCUAAUUUAUUAAAUUCUGCAAACUGUUAUUAUCUCGCGACAGAAAACAACACUACGGACAAAAUUGUUGCACGAGAAAAAUCCUCACACAAUAAAUCGAGUAAAUCAGCCUUGAAACUGAAAGGGACAGCAAAUGCCGAGCAAGUUAAAUGGUCAAAAGGGUUGGGAUUGAGACAUGCGGAUGUUUUAGUACAGAAGCUGAUUUCAUCUUCACGUGCUUGGUUCUUGGACUAUUUGGAAAAUUUUCUAAGCAAUGGAUUUGGAGUGAAAAAUAAAGACGAAGCUUCGUAUGUUGCUGUGCUUGGGCUGCUUAAGAGGGUUAAUCGGUGGUUAGAUGAGGCUUUUCAUGGGGAAAGUAGUUCUGAGGAGAGAAUCCAAAGACUGAGAAAGAAGAUUUAUGGAUUUUUACUUGACCAUGUCGACUCAGCUGUUAAUCGCAGGUAGUUUUUUGUUAACAUAAUGUUUAGCCUUGACAAGAUUUACAGGAAUUGAAUCUAUGACUAGUCUGUGGUUUUAGGUAGUUUGGAUUUUGCAUUGUGAAGUGAACUUUCUAAUUGAUUUCAUGCUGAUGUACUAACUGCACUGUUUAUCAACUGUUUUGGUGACUAAAUAGAAUUUCGUAAAUCUGCAUGUUAACUAAGAUUAU